AUGACCCUUGAAUCGAGGGUCUCUGAGUCAACAGUCGAUGGCCCCGCCAUUAUCGACGAUCUCCCGCUUCCUGGGCAGCUCCAUAGCGUGUCGGCCACCGUCGAGUCAUGCACGAAAAGACCAAUGUCACUCAAAACCCCCCAACGCAUCCUCUUCAUCGCCUCAAUCGGCAACCCCCGACCCUACCGCUCAACCCGGCACAGCGCCGGGCACAUCCUCCUCGAUGCGCUGACGCCCCUCCUCGCCGUGCGCAUGCCGUUAACCUCCUCCCAACACCAAUCGUCCUCAGGACCCCUCUUCUACAAAACCUACCUCAGCCCAUCCUACAUGAACGAGUCAGGCCCGAAACUCGUCCGACAGCUCAAGAAUUGGCUCUCGACGACGCAGACGGAUAUAUUCGAGCGGAUUGUUCGGCCGGGUUUUAUACGAGAUCCUACAGCUACAACUACCCCCACAACCACUACAACCACCAGUGACAGCGCUCCCAAGACAACCCACCCAGAAUGGCACCGCCGCGGCACAGACCCAUCAACCCUCAAACACCUCCCCCCAACCCUCAUCAUCCUCCACGACGAGCUCGAAUCCCCCCUCGGCAAAGUGCGCGUCAAACGCGGCGGGCCCGACCAAGCCAGUCUCCGCGGCCACCGCGGCCUAAUCAGUGUAUUUGAGUCUCUGCGCGGAAAGGGCCUAUACCCCGCGCGGGCCGAUGCGACAGCGGCGCAUGGAGAGCUAUCCGUCUUGCGCAUUGGGGUUGGCAUUGGAAGACCGGAGACGAGGGGGCGGGGAGAUGUUGCCAAGUAUGUUCUGACGGAGAUGAGUCCGAAGGAGGUUGCUGCUGUUAGGGGGGCGGCGGGGCAGGUUGUGGAUGUUUUGGCGGAUGAGUUUUAUUGGGAGGGGGAUUCUAAGUGA